UGACUUUGCAAAAUCUUCUCAAUGACACAACAAUACAAAAAUAAAGUUGUCAAUAUUUCAGAGAUUGUCUGGGGAUUUAUUGUUUCUGUAGUAUUAUUUCCUCUGAAAUUACUUGUUUAUGGUGUAUUUCAAGCGUUUUAUCUGCUGAUCUGGUUUCGACUUUGGGGCAAAAUGGCUUCAAGAGGUAGCAAAGGGUCGGCAUCUAUUAAGAACGAAGAUGGCAAUAUAAAUGAUGGCUCGAUACCACAAGUUAUUGCAGAUAUACGAAGACAUCAUAAACAAGCCUAUGCCUAUAUUGAUAAAGCUUUGAGAAUCGAUGAAUCCGCUGGUAGGGUACUUCAAUUUUGAGGGCGUUUAAUAGCUAUAAAUAAUAAAUAUUAAUAGUUGAUAUUUAAUAUUAUUUAUCAAUAUGUUUACAGUAAUCCAUAUUUAAAAAUGAAAUGCUAAUGUACAUAAUUUGAAUUUUUACAUUACAAAUUGUAUCUCAAAUGUAAGGUUUUUAUCAGUUCAUCUUUCACACUAGAGAAUGUGCUCAUUUUGUCUGUUGAAUAUUAACUAAACUAAACUUGAUAUUACUGAUGGUACAAAAGUGAAAGUGUCAAAAAAUUAGGAGCUGUUGCACCUUUAACAAGCUUGAUUGUCUGCUGUUAGAGUGAAAAACAGAGAGGGCAACAGCUACCCAUGAGCUACAUAUUUAUUUCCUCAGGAAAUUGUGAUGCAAAAGAAAGAGCAAUUGAGUGCUAUAAACAAGGCAUUGACGAACUAAAGAAAGGAAUUGAAAUAGAAUGUGAUGAACAAGGUAUGGUUAAUGUUGAAUGACUAACAUAUUGUACAGGAGCUGGUUGUUUAAAGCACAAUUAGUGCUAACAGUGGGUAAAUUUAACCCAUUCCUUUGGGUUUGUGUAUGUCUGUUUAUUUCAAAACUUAGAUAAUUAAACAUCUGAUCAUCUAAAUUUUUGGGUGAAAAAUUUCCAAGUUUAUAAACAAGCUACUUGGAAGUAUGCUUUGAUUUUCACAUUAACCCAACUUGGUUAAGUUAACCAGUGUUUGAACAACCAGCCCCAGGUAGUUUAGACAACAACCACAACAGCCUAUUGUUGAAUAACUGCAUCCAACAGGCUAGAAACCCAAGGUAUGCUAAUUUUUUAUGUAUGCAAUGUGUACCUAUUUUUAUACCAAACUACAUAUUUGGAGUAUACAUCCUUAUUUGGUAAUGUACACAUUUGUACCUAUUUUUUCACGUGAUUUUCUUUGCCAGUAAGGAUGAUGGGUAUGUACACAGUGUGCACCUAUUUUUAUAGCUAAGAUUUGUUUUAGGAGAAGAAUGGGAUCGGGCAAGAUCUUUGCAGAUUAAGAUGGAAGACAACUUCAAAAGCACCACGGCACGAAUGGAUGAACUUGGUUGGUUUUAAGCCCUGUUUACACUACGCUCCAUUUUUGGUACCGUACCACUUUUUUGGUUCUUGUAGUCCAAGAACCAAAAAGUAGUACAGAUACCAAUUUUCUUUUUUGGUUCUUGUAGUCCAAGAACCAAAAAGUAGUACAGAUACCAAUUUUAUCUGUGCCGUACCAAAAAUUGAGCGUAGUGUAAGUAGACUUUAGUAGCUUCACCUUGUUGUACACAUAAAAUUUAUGGAAGGGAAUCCACAACAGCCUAAGCUACCUCUCUCCUCCGCAGAGGCUUUAGUUUUCUUAGGAUUUAAUGUUACGAUGAGAUACAUUUCACUACACUUUACAUGGCGGAUCUUGGAACACGAGCGUAGCCGCUUAAAUCUGGUUGACACUAUCAAAGUUUCUCUGUUCCUGUCAUCACAGUAGGAAUUUUGCAUGGGUAAAGUUUUGAAGGAUUUGUAAGAAAUGUUUGAGGAAACUUAACACUAAGUCAGUUCCCUCAAACAUUUCUUACAAAUCCUUCAAAAGUUAGAAUUUACCUGUGCAAAAUUUCUACUGUGAUCACAGAAACUUUCGAUAUAGUGUAAUCCAGGCUUUACUGUGGCAGUAGUAUAGCAUAAGCAGAAAUCAUGCAUUUAACAAAGAAAUACCUAAUUGAUGAUUCCACUAGCUGUAGACGAAAUUUUGAUCUAGAUAAGAAGAACGAAACCAUUACCAUAGCUAGAAAGAGCAUCUUAAAUUGAGUAAAAUUGCAAAGUUUGGUUGCGAAUUGUUGUAAAAUGAGGAAAAUGUAGCCCUGUGAACUUCGCAAAUUUUGUAACAUUUGCAUUACGCGCGGGAAAAGUGGUUAUUUUUACCGGGCGUAAUACAAAUAUAUAUAAAAUUUGCGAACUUCACAUGGCUAUUUUCUUCAUUUUACAACAUUUUACAACCAAACUUUGGAGUUUUACUUAUUCUAAGAUGCUCUUUCUAGCUGUGGUGUUGGAUUUCGUUUAUUAAAAUUUAGUCUAUAACUGGAAUGACCCAUUCUAACAUGCGUUCCACAUUCCUUUUUUUCAGUGGCUCUUCUGGCAUCACAGUCCGUAAGUUCUGGAACUAAACCAAAAUCAAAAACAAGUCUUCCCAAGAGUUUUAAAAAACCACUAUCCAAUGGACCCAGUAGUAGACCAACCAACAGCAGCCAGCCUAAAACAACCACGGACAGACGCAAACCAGCGCAAAGUCCCAGGCUAAAUAGACGUCCUGGACAACAAAAGCCCGAGGUACGGUAGUUACCAGAUUUGAAGUGGGGCGGUGGUAAAGCCCGAGGUACGGUAGUUACCAGAUUUGAAGUGGGGUGGUGGUAAAGUCUGAGGUACGGUAGUUACCAGGUUUGAAGUGGGGUGGUGGUAAAUCCCGAGGUACGGUAGUUACCAGAUUUGAAGUGGGGUGGUGGUAAAGCCUGAGGUACGGUAGUUACCAGAUUUGAAGUGGGGUGGUGGUAAAGCCUGAGGUACGGUAGUUACCAGAUUUGAAGUGGGGGCGGUCAUGCAAACUCUUAUCAACUUUCGUUUGACCAGGGCCCAAGACUGUUUUCCACUUCAUCCGAAUCGUAAUGUACCGUAGCGCUUUCUUUUCUGCAGAAGUCAUUAAUUCCACCCUGCCCCUGGUCCUCGCAAGAAAAAUAGGCUAGGUUCGUUACGGUUGAAGUGGAAAACAAACUUAGCUGGUCCAAUUAAUAUACACUACCAUCAUUGCUGUUUUGCAGGCUGGCAGACCAUCGCGAGUUCCAUCGACAAAUUCUUUGGAUGAAUUAAAAAAAGAUCAGAAGAGAAAAGUGUCUUAUUUAAAAAAUAUUGAUUCAAAGAUUGCGAGUAGAAUACUCGAUGAAGUCGUUCAAAAGUGAGUGUUUGUUGUCACCAAAGAUUUAUGAAAACUAUACUAACUUUAUCUAUACUAGAUAGCUCAAUCAGAUCUAAACUGUUCUCCCCCAGUAUUACUACAUUUACAAGAGGAAAGUGGAGUGCCUGGAGAAACCUGCGGUGUUUAAUAGAGUCAAACUGGAAGCACUCAUCUCACGCGCGAUUGACGACUUAAGAUCAUUAAAACGUAAAAGAAUCAACAACCAGCCACUUUAAAACUUACCCUCACCCCACACCUAACCCCCACACUAGCCCUAAUACCUAUAACAAUUUUGGAACCAUCUUGUCCAUCCCUUUUAGACAUUAUUAUACCAAUUGAUCAGACAACUGCAUAUUGCAGAAACGAAGCCACGCAGAAACUGACCUACGUAUUAGUUUGCUUCAUGUUUCAUCGUCACUACAUUUUCUUUCAGCUCACCCGACGUGACUUUUGACGAUGUUGGUUAGUAAAAUACUAUGACGUAAAAACACAACAUUGAAAAGUUCGACUAUGUCCUUUCAAUGACUCAGUUCAAUCUUUUUUGUAAUUUAGCUGGAAUGGAGAACGCCAAGCGAUUGCUUCAGGAGAUUGUUAUUUUGCCUGCUUUAAGACCAGAGGUGUGAAGUUGAAAUACAGUUAGCAUUUCUUAAUUUUGUUGUAAUUGGUUGCAAUUAGAAUUUCUUAAUUGUGACUUUCACAUGUAAUUUGUAAUAAUGUCUUUCUAGUUAUUCACAGGUCUGAGAGCGCCAGCCCGAGGUCUGUUACUCUAUGGUCCUCCUGGGAAUGGCAAGACAAUGUUGGUAGGAUAUAUUUAAACAUCACUCACAAAAACAUGCAUUUCAACUCACCAGAUUCUGCUCACGGAGUCCACAUGUUAUAUUGAGCUGAUUUAUAGCAUUCUUUUUCAGGCCAAAGCCGUCUCUCAUCAGUCAAAAGCGACGUUCUUCAAUGUGAGUGCGGCUACUUUAACAUCCAAGUGGGUAAGUGAUGGUCUAUACAAGUGAAGUUAUUUUAUUUUCUCGCUAUAUAUACAAUAUAGCAUACAGUACCUAAAUAGAUUUCUUGAUGAUUAUGUCUCUAUCUUAUAUUUCAAAGCAAUCAAGAUAAAUUCUUUGCCUAUAGGUUGGUGAGGGUGAGAAACUCGUUCGAGCACUGUUUGCCGUUGCCAGAGAACUACAACCAUCUAUAAUAUUUAUUGGUAACAAAAUGAUAAUUUACUCUUCUUUCUUUCGUUACUCGCUUCUUUAUCCGACUGCUUCUUGGCCUCCGUCGUUUUUCUUUCCUUUCGGAACGAUAAUAUAUACUUGCGAUUCAAUUUCAUAACUCUCAACGUUUUCAGAUGAAAUAGAUUCUUUGUUGUGUGAAAGAAAGGAGGGUGAACAGGAAAGCAGUCGAAGAAUUAAAACAGAAUUCUUGUUGGCUUUUGAUGGUGUAAGUUUUUUCGAUUUGUACGAUAGCUGACCGAAGCCUCGGUCAAACGAGGUUGAGAGUUGAUGAGAGUUGGCAGCCCCUCAUUGCUACAGCGGACAUUUCAAGCUCUAGAUUAACAAAAUAAAGGUUUGAUGAAUGUUCUAACUAUGUUUUACUACAUGAUAGAUGAUAGUGUUGGGAAAGCUAAGGCGGACAGCUAACCAAGAUCGCGUGACUCUCAUGCAACCUCCCAUCCUCGUUUGAUCCUGGCUGUACAACAACAUUUUAUUGUGUCUAUAAAUUUACAUUUUUUACAGUUUUAUCACACUCAACAGAAAGAUAAUUGCAAGACACCGGUUGCUUAAAUAACCAUAAUGGGCUAACUUAUAACACCGAGUUGGAACCUGGGACAGAUUGACAAAAUCAUUCUUGCACAUGUUUCUAUCCAGAUUCCUUUCACUUCCUGAGUUCACUCCAAUCUUGUGUCCAGUUCAGAUGUUGUCGGUAAAGGCCCAUUUCCACUCAAGAAAAAUUUCCAGGGACAGAAAGUUUUCCGAAAAUAUCAUUGUUAAAAUUUGAAAAUUUUCAACUGCAGAAUUUUUUUCCGAUGGAGAAUUUGUGUCGGCCAAUCACAUUUUACAAAAUUUUCUUUCUGCGGAACAUUUUCCUGAGUGGAAAUGGGCCUUAACAGUGUAUGUGUGUACUAGUUUUGUAUAUUUCAUUCACAGCUUACAGCGGGAGAGAGUGAACGAAUACUGGUGAUGGGGGCUACAAACAGACCUCAAGAAUUAGACGAUGCUGCUUUGCGGUGAGACAAAAUUUCAAUAUCGUGGUCUCAUUGUGUGAUUAUGAUCUAAUCAAAACUGCUCUUUCUCAUUUUAGGAGAUUGGUUAAAAGAGUUUAUUUACCACUGCCAGACAGCAAGGUUAAAUACUGGCUACAAUUCUGUUUAUUACCUAUAUAAACCAACAGCACUAGAACAACUUCAUAUUCUUCUAUUUUACAUAGACAAGAAAAACUCUUCUUGCAAAAUUAUUGACGAGACAUCACAGUCCAUUAUCAGAUUCGGAGCUGGAUCAACUAGCAAUGUAAGGAAUGAUAUUUUUACAAUAGUACUGCCUGUAAAAACAUUUCCUUCAAGUGCAAACAGAAUAUUUUCUCCCGUUUCUUUUUCUAAACAUGCAGGUUAACUGAAAAUUACUCAGGAAGCGACUUAACAGCGUUGGCUAGAGAUGCAGCCUUGGGACCCAUUAGAGGUGAGAUCUUAUCCGAAAUAACUGAGUGAGGAUGAUUGUGAUCGUAAUGGUGGCGAUGUUCAUGAUGGUGAUACAGAUGAUGGUAAUGAUUAUGGUGAUGGUAAUGAUUAUGGUGAUUGUAAUGGUGGUGAUGAUGAUGGUAUUGGGUAGUGGUAAUUAUGAUGGUAGUAGUAUUGGUAAUUUUGUUCAUGGUGGUGGUGGUAAUGGUGAUUCUAUGUGCGAGAUCUUUCCUGGAAAAAAUCCUAAACAUUUCCCCAUUUCUUAGAAAUGCGACCUGAUGAGUUACAAACGAUCUCGGCUAACAAGGUAUGAAAAGUCUUCGCCAUCCUAUAAAUUUUCAAAAAUAAAACGAUUCUUUCUUCUCAACUAUUUUACCUUCUUUAGGUUCGUAACAUCAAAUUCUCGGAUUUUGUCGAUUCUAUGAAAAAUGUUCGUGCGAGUGUAUCACCGGAAACUUUGAAGAUAUUUCAAGACUGGACAAAAACGUACGGAACACAAGCGUAACGUGGUAAACUUCGUAUCGAAAAGCAAAUACUUAAGAAGUUGACAAAGAUAUUUUAAAGAUAACUGCACACAAACCGAUAGUGAUGCAAAGAGACCUAAGUAUAACUUAUUUAACUUAGGUGUACAGAAUGUAAACUAAAAUAUUUUUAGUGAAAAUUCUGAUCACGAUAAGGAUUGACGUCAAAACCUCAAUAAUAUAUUUAAUUCAACUCUGAUUACGAUAUGUGACGAUUAAAUAGGAAUACCCUUGAACCAUUUGGCAUUUAUGAAACUUUAACAUCGAUAACUAGUGACCAUUUAUCCUAAUAAAAUAGUGAGGUAGAACAUCAUUGAAGCUUGAUGUGCAAUUGUACAAAACAAAUUACUGUCUAUUAAAAAGUCUUAAAACAAGAAUUGCGUGUUCAAUUUUCCUUUGGUUUUCUCCACCAUAACAAUUUCUUAAACUUCACCAGAAAUGCAUUCCCAGCCUCCCUAGACACCACGGUCACUGAGACAGGAGUUAAAACCGGUUUUUCCUGUUCUGGAGGUUCAGGGUCACUGAGUGACCGCACUUUGGUCUUGCGAUGUUUGGGAAGGGUGGAACAAAAUGUUACGAUGAUGAAUUUGACCAGCUCGUAUAGUAGAUACAGUGCUAAUAUAGCAAGCAUAAGUAAUAUGGUCACUCCAUAGUCAUGUACAACUUUAACCACAAUUAUGAAUAUAUAAACAAGAAUCCACCCCAAAGCAUUGGUCAAAUUUUGGUGAUUCUUCACAUCUCCAGAAAGUAUAAAGUUAACAAAUUUAUGUUGGACAUUUUGUAUGCUAGAACUUAUACUCUCAAGGAAGCCACGACGUAAAGUUUCACACAAUCCUUUAGGCAAGUUGUCUUCUGCUUUCUUCUUUAACGAAGGCUUGAUGGAAUCAAACAACAUAUUGGGCUUAUGAUAAAACUCUAAAUUCACUCUCAUAAUUUUCACUGUACAGUCAUUGGAUGUAAAAUUUAUAAAACCAUGUUGGUCGCUGGAAAUAUCUACUCCAAAUUGCAGUGAAGCAUUAUUUAUAUUCAAGGUCAGUGUACCACUGUCCGCUAAGGAAGGCCACGCACUGUAUGCCCAAUUUGCAUAAAAAUUUGCAUUGCCAUUCUGCAAAGUGAUGUUUAGAUAUCGUGUGCCAGUGUAGGUGAAUUCCCAGAGAGUUGAUGUAUCGAUGGUUGAAUGCUCAAUAGUAACACCGCUUAGUUUCAUGUGCGUGAGAUUAUAUUUGAUUUUUCCAAGAUUUAAAAAGCCUUUUACAUGUCCUUCAUGAUUUGGAAAUUUCACAUCAUUCAACAGCCAAUGUAGGAUUCUUAUGUCAAAAGAUAAAAUCGUCUUCCGUAGUAGGAGUAAGAAGAAAUAUAUCGUAAUAAUAACGACAGCUUUCUUCAUGAAAUUAUUUCCUCUCAUUGUCACAGUGACUCGUUUUGUCUCGAGUUCAUGUUUACUUGUAACAUGAUACAAUACGUCAUGGCGAGCUUUUAUAUUUGUUAGGAACAAAUCACCUGACAUGGACUUUAGUCAUUUUAUCUCAUUUCACCUUGUCUUAUUGCAGACCGGUUACUUAGAGAGAUUCAGAUUUGACUUCCACUAGACCACUACCUCUCACUGGCUUAGUAUGCAUCUGAUUGGUUAAUCGGAUAUAUCAAACGCAUCUGAUUGGUUAAUCGGAUAUAUCAAACGCAUCUGAUUGGUUAAUUGGAUAUAUCAAACGCGUAUGGUUGCUUAAUGGUAGUCAAAUCUGAACCUACGCGUCCUAAGAUCAAGUAGCCUGUGUGGCAGGCGGCUAAAGACCAAGGGUCAGUUGGACCAAGGCUGGAUAACGCUUUAUAUAAUAACUACAGUGAAACACGCAAUUUGAUUGGUCAAUAGCCGUGCAGGAUCAGGCUAUCCUGCACGAGGAAUUAAAAUGCAUUCGCGGGAUUUUCGCGGGAUUCCCAAAAUGUCAUUGUUUCACUGUAGUUAUUUGAUAAAACAAUUACCAAAUGGUUUUCCAAGCAGGAUAGCGUGAUCCAUGCAUUUGGGAUGUUGCUCGACUUUCGGAAAGCGUAAAAAUACACUCGCCUGCGGCUCGAGUAUUUUACGCUUUCCGAAAGUCUCGCGACAUCCCUCGUGAAUGGAUCACGCAAUCCUGCACGGAAAACCAUUCGGUAUUCCUUUAAUCCACCAGAUGGUGAAUUUUUCAGACUUUCUAAAAUUGGUCGUAGAUUAGUACAACCCAGAUUAAGAAAUUCUAAAUUAAACUUUCUUUUUACUAUUGCGAGGUCUAUAAAUUGAUCUUUUCAAGCAUUUUUAGCAAGGUUGAAAAAAUCACCAUCCGAUGGAUACUCCAUAUUUAGCCUUCGUACAACCGGUCCCAGAUGUUUUACAAAAUUUUCAUACGACUGCACCAAUUUUGAGGCGGCGAAAUUGCCCCUCCCCACAACUUUCUAACUGUGCAAAGGACAGAUGUGUUGAAUACUUGUUCCUAUCGGUUAUAUAUAUUCGUUUUUGUUGUAAGAACUGGUUCGGGAAGGGUUCGGGAAGAUUUAGGGAAAAUUUGGAGGGAAGCUGGAAGAUUCCCCUUGCUACUUCCGUACAUUCGAGUGGUGAGCAGUUGUCUACAGGAAGUUGAAGAAACGACUGGGAAUCGUCAUGGAGGAGAGAUGGAUACUGAACAGUCUGUGGAGAGCUUAAGACGUGUUGCUAUGCAGGCAUGACGUUGCUGCCAUUUUCUCCCAUUAGUGUCUCCAAAUUUUAAGACUGACUUCAACGUUACUUAUGGUUCGAACCUACACAUAAGAAAACAAGUGAA